AAUACCACCCAUGUAAUAAGAGAAUUGGCAGUUGAUUCCCCUUCUAACGGCCUCUUGGUACUACCAUAUGACCAUGUAGAAACACUUAAUAGCCAAGAGAUCUAAUGGCGUCUCAUCUUCUUCAUCACUUCAAAGCGUUGAGCCACCUCUUCUUUCUCCUCUCCAUCUACCAUGACACAGCCAUGGCAACUCUCACUUUCAAGCCAAUCAAGGCCAACUGCGCCACCACCAGAUACACAGACAAUAGCCCCUUCUCCACCAACCUCAAGACCCUCUUAUCCACCCCUCAAAGACAAGUCCUCGUCAUCCAUUUCCAUCAAUGAAACCGCCGGCAAGGCCCCGGCCACCGUCUUCGGCCUCUACUUCUGCACAGGUGAUCUCUCAAAAGACAACUGCCAAGCCUGCAUUCAAACAGCCAUCAAAGACAUCAUUGAUAGUUGCCCAAGCUCCAAACAAGCAAUCAUAUGGUAUGAUUAUUGUGAGCUGCGUUACUCUGAUACCAACUUCUUUGGACUUCCAGACACUAAUGGCUUCUCCAUGAUCAAUGUUAAUGAGAACACCACUUCAUCAAGACCAGUGGAGGUGGUGUCCCAAUUGGUGAAAGAUGCUCCACUAGCCCAGCCUCUCAUGUUCAAGUCCCAAGCUUUCAUAUCUGAGAGCUUGUAUGCUCUGGCACAGUGUUCUUCAGACUUAAGCAGUAAAGGAUGCAGUGAUUGCUUGACUACCAUCUUGGCAAAUAUCAAGGCUUGUUGCACUAGUUCUAAGGGAUGGAGGUUUUUGGCUCCUAGCUGUUGGAUAAGGUAUGAAGCCACACCUUUCCUUCAGAAUCUAAAUGGAACAAGUACAUACAUCACUCAGAGCUAUUGUUCAAGCAAUAACUUCCCUUCUAAUGGUGCCUCACAAGGACUUGUCAGGCUUUUGUCAAGCUUGACCAAAAAUGCUCCGGCGAUGGCCGGGUUCUACUACACCAUUGUGAGGGAGAAAAGGGACAUGCUCUAUGGCUUAGCACUCUGCAGAGGAGAUUUACAAAACAAAAGGGAAGAUUGCCAGAGCUGCCUGAAUGAUGCAAGUAGAAGCAUAGUAGAAGACUGUCCAAGCAAAGCACAAGCAAUUGAAUGGUAUGAGAAGUGCUUUGUUAAAUACUCAAACCAGAGGUUCUUUGGGAUGUUGGACAGCGUUAAUCGGACAUUAUGCGGUGUGGAACAAGUGUCAGCUGAUGCCGAUAGUGCUACGGAGAAACUAGCAAGGAGUUUAAUCAAUGAUGCAGUGAAAAAUAAAAAGUUUGUGAGUGCUGGAAAACUAGUGAUUAGUUGUUCAUUGUCUAGCUAUGUUCUAGUGCAGUGCAGUAGAGAUCUUAGUAAGGGAAGAUGCAUGCAAUGCUUACAGAGAGGGAUGGAUAAGGUGUCCAGUGAAUGCAAGCUUACCAAUGGGUGGAGGUAUCUCUCCGGCAGUUGUACUCUGAGGUAUGAGACCUUUCCAUUCUUCAACACGGCCAUCAUAUCCACUGUGUCUCUUUGAAUAUGUGUCUGAACUCAAAAUUGGGUUAACUGGGUCAAUGGAGAACAAUCCUUUUUCUUUAAAAUUUGUUAAAUUUGCAUGCUCUGUUUGUUGUGGAACAUGAUGUGAGUUGUGCUCACACCAAACAUGGUGAAUUUGCUUGUCUAAACAGCUAGAAAUAACUAGUUAGAAUUUUUAGAAUUGCUGCUAUUGUUGCCCCCUGUUCUUGUAUCUUCUAGCUAUGGUGAAGGCUGAGUUACAGAAAUGAUAU